UGUAUCUGUGACAUCAUGAGAGUAAUAAAAGCCCAUUUGCCAGCAGAACUCAGCCAGAACAUCCAUCCAUCCAACAAAGAGUGGUCUUGUCCUGGAGUUACGCUGCAGUCACGGGAGUAUCGAAUGGGACAAAACCAGGGCAAGGAGGGGGAGCCAGUGCAGGACAACAGCUCUGCAGGACCAGAGGAAAAGGGACCAAACCCAGACCCUGGGGGGGCAACAAGGGAAGGAAAUCCAACCAUUGAGACUCACGAUGUCGGGACAGAUGAGGAGAAAGCAGCCGCUGGAAGGUUGGAUGGAGGCCCAGGCAGGGAGUCACCAUCACCUACACCAGAGCACAGUUUGGAUUCUCAUGAUAAGGUGUGUGCUCCCACGGAUGCGGGGGUUGUGGAGGGAGGGGAUGGCGAGAAAGUGGGAGGAAGAAAGAGUAGUGAGGAAGGCAGGGCUGAACCGCUGGCUCCACAGCAGCUGAAUGGAAUCACACAGUCUGACAGCUGCCUGCAAGGCACAUGGAAGGCUGGUGAACCUGAUCACGAGAGAAAAGACUCGGAGAGUAUGCUGGAAGACUAUCUAGAACAUCAGGAAAACCUUGGGUGUGACUUUCCUGGUAAAGACAAAGUUGAAAGUGCUCACGAAGGAGAAAACAGGAGUAAGAAGUGUGCUUCCGUAAAGGACGAAAUGGAAUCUGUUUGUGGAGAUGAUGACAAGCUAAAGUGCCAGGAAGGGGACAGAAAACUAGAUUUUGAUGCUGUGGUGACAAAUGCAGGGCCUACUUGGGAGAUUCUGGAAUGGAAGGACAUUUCAAAACCAUGUGGUGGGGACGCCAACACCAACGUUCACUUUAUGGUUCAAGACAAAGCUUUGGUCAUUACCGAAAAUGUAGAGUUGAAGGCCAGCGUGACUGAAUCGCAUAACAAGAGGCCGUUUAACAAGCCCAGCACAUCAAACCUCGUGAUGAACUCACAAAUGGAGACCUCAAAGGACAUUACUGAUGCAAUUCAGCAAGUCAAAGAAGGAAUAUGGGAGAAGUCGCCAGCGAAUCCAGAUAAGGUUGUAACAGAAACCCCAAAAACUGAACAAUCUUCUCCGAAGAACGUCGAAACCCAGGGGCGGUCAAUGAAGUAUGUCUGCGGAGCCAGAGAAAACGUUACUUGGUGUCAGCCAACAGAUGAUGUCAUGAAGACCAGAUUUACUAGUUCAUCGCUGGCAGGUGCGGAUUUACAAAACAAAGCUGUGAGCCUAGAACGAGUGCAGAGCCCAGAGGACCUCGGCCCCUUAGAAGUGGCAUCCAAGUCACCUCAGGGUCGCGCUGAGAGCCAUCGACAAAUACCUGCAGGCGAAUUCACACAGGAUGAGCUUCAGAAAGAAAGGCAAUUUAAUGUGUCAGACUUGGAGAGCCCUAGGACAAAGGAACCUUCACUUGAGAGAUCACCCGCUGGAGGUCAUAAAAAUAAAGAUGGCAUAAGAGAGACUGAAGAAAGAGAAAAUCUGGAAUCUGCUUCAAAGGGUCUCUAUCGUUCCCAUGCAAAGAAAACCGAGAUAAAAGAUCUUUCUCUGCGUGGAACAGAAACGGAAGAGGGUUGUUUUGUGACAUCUAAUAUUGCCAGUGUAAGUAUGCUGGGUGAAAACAAACCCUGGCUACAAAGCUAUGAAGAUGAGAAAUGUAUUACAUUCUCUGAAGCCAUUACGGAUUCAUACCCCCCUUCUAAAUCUGAUGUUCAAGUUAUGCAAAAAGAUGAAAAAGAGGAUUCCCCUCUUUCAGCAAAGGCCAAAGUACACACAGAGAUAAGUCUAGAGUGGUUUCUGGCAGAAAUGAGUCGACAUACAGUGAUACAAACCUUUCCAGAGACGGUGAAGGAUACUAAACAUAGGAUGGAUCCAGAAAAUACAUCUUCUUUAAAUGCAGUGAUUGAUGUAGAAGAUGCUACUAAACAGCUGAGAUUAGAGAGAGAUGCUAACGCUAACUCGGGCGACAUGACAACACCCGAAAGAGACAAGGUCAGCAAGUCUAAUCAGAAUACCAUCAGCUCAAAAACGGAUGUGCGUAAGGAAACAUCUGCAAAUACUUUCAUCUCUGAGCUCAUUGCUGGUCCUGAGACAGCUUCAAAUCCCAUAGAUGACAGGCUGGGCAUGGACGAGAAAACAGAAGUCACUCUGUCUGGUUCUUCUCAACAAGAGCAUUGUUUUUUGAAUAUUUUAACAAAUGCAUCAACCUAUUCCAUUGUAAGCCAGACAGAUAUUUCCGACCAGGUCCAGGAUGGUUGCAUUGCAGGAUCUGCAUUAGCAGACAGUGCAGCAAACACAUCUGUUGCACAAGAUGUGCAACAUUCCUCCUCCAUGUGCAACCUAAAAAGUAUGCAAGCUAACGAGAAACAAGAUGAAGAGCAGAACAAGCUGUCGACACAUGCACAUUUUCAUGUGUUAGAGGAGAAACAUUUAAGCCAGCUUGACCUCAAGCAUGCAAUAGAAAGCGACCUGACCACCAUCAUGGAACCACCGCAGGGUGCCCAGAAAAGACAUGUUUCAGAUAUGAUAAAGGAAACUAUUGAGUUGCAGAAGAAGAUGAAGGAGUGGACCAAGCCAGCUGAUGCCCGGGUUGAUCUGACCUUAGAUCCAACACAGUCUGUGAAAGUAUCACAGAUGAAAGCAGCAUUUGAUCCACCAAAGAAAUCACCUGACAAAGCACUAGAGAGAAAACCUUCAGUGAGAAAAGAUAUGUUCAGACGGGUUGUACGACAGAGUAAGUUCCGGCAUGUGUUCGGCCAGGCGGUGAAGAAUGACCAGUGCUACGAUGACAUCAGGGUGUCCAGGGUCACGUGGGACAGCGCCUUCUGCGCGGUUAACCCCAAAUUUGUUGCCAUAAUCGUGGAAGCCAGCGGAGGUGGUGCAUUUAUGGUCUUGCCUCUUCAUAAGUCGGGCCGUAUAGAUAAGGCCUACCCUACAGUAUGUGGCCACACUGGCCCUGUUCUGGACAUUGAUUGGUGCCCUCACAAUGACCAGGUCAUCGCUAGUGGAUCUGAAGACUGCACCGUGAUGGUGUGGCAGAUCCCAGAGAAUGGUUUGGUGACAUCCUUGUCCGAGCCAGUGGUGGUGCUGGAGGGUCAUUCUAAAAGAGUGGGAAUCAUUACCUGGCAUCCAACCGCUCGCAACAUCCUCCUCAGCGCAGGCUGUGAUAAUGUGAUUUUCAUCUGGAAUGUGGGCACGGGAGAGUCCAUGAUCACCCUGGAGGACAUGCACCCUGACAUCAUCUUCAGCGCCUGCUGGAACCGCAAUGGCAGUCUCAUCUGCACUGCCUGCAAGGACAAGAAAAUCCGUGUCAUCGACCCGCGCAAGGAGGAGAUCAUUGCGGAGAAGGACAAGGCCCAUGAGGGUGCCAGGCCCAUGAGAGCUAUUUUCCUGUCUGACGGAAAAGUGUUCACCACUGGUUUUAGCCGCAUGAGCGAGAGACAGCUCGCCCUCUGGGAUCCGGACAAUAUUGAGGAGCCGAUCUCUGUCCAUGAGAUGGACACCAGUAAUGGAGUCCUCCUGCCCUUCUAUGAUCCCGAUACUAAUGUGGUCUACCUGUGUGGAAAGGGUGACAGCAGUAUCCGUUACUUUGAGAUCACGGAUGAAGCUCCCUUUGUCCAUUACCUCAGCACCUUUACCACUAAGGAGCCUCAGAGGGGCAUGGGAUACAUGCCCAAGAGAGGGCUGGACGUCAACAAGUGUGAGAUCGCAAGGUUUUACAAACUGCAUGAGAGAAAGUGUGAGCCUAUCAUCAUGACCGUGCCAAGAAAAUCGGACUUGUUCCAGGAUGACCUUUACCCUGACACUGCAGGUCCAGAGGCCGCCCUGGAGGCCGAGGAUUGGUUUGAAGGGAAGAAUGGAGACCCUAUCCCGAUAUCCCUGAAAAAUGGAUACGUCCCAGGCAAGAACCGCGAUCUCAAAGUGGUCAAGAAGAACAUCUUAGACAACAAGAUGAGCAAGAAUACAGAGAAUACCGCCCCUGCCACCAAGACUGCCACCUCCACGCCAUCUAUCAAAAGUGAAGCUAAGCUGGAAGAGGUUUUGAAAGAAAUGAAAUCUCUCAGAGAGCUUGUCAGCAGUCAGGAAAAAAGAAUUGCCAAACUUGAGGAGCAGUUGUCUAAAAUGGACAUCUAAAGGGACCCUGUAAUCCCCUCCCCUUCUAUUCAGGAUAUCCCAUUGGCCAGGUGGGCGGGACCCGUCACUGCCAAUCAUCAUGACAGUGUUCCGUCUGAAGCCUGCCUUGCAAAGACUCCAACCAACAUUCCAAGAUGAUCAAUUAUUCCUUUUGCAUUCCCAAAAACCUGUUUACACCUCAUAGCCAUUUGGAAAACUACAAAUGUUUUUUCAAAAUUUGACCCGUUUAGCUUUUACUCCAAAUUUCACUCCAAUUCUUUCUGCAAUGGCUGUGUUUUAUCUUGUGUUCUUGAAUGGUCUUAAGUUUUUGUUUUGUUUUUCUUAUUAAAAAUUGUGACCAAGAAAAUCGCAUUAUGAAGCAGUUACAUAAACUUGAUGAGCUCAAAGUUUGAAGCUUCAGUAUUGCAGUUCCUCUCUCGCCCUUCUGAGUUGCCAAAUUUAUAGAGGAGUUAUUCACCUCCCUGACAGUAUUUGACUAGCUUUUCAUUUUGUACUUAUAAGGGACAAAGCAAUAUGCUAGUAAUGCAAGGAGGGGAAAUCAUUGGAACCAUUUGUCAAUGUUAUAGGUGUCUUUCUAAAGAAUAAAGAAUACAAAAUAAAGAUUUUAAUCAACCUGGCAAACAUGUAAAGUUGAAAAAGUUUACAAAACAUUACUGGAAAACAAUACAGGUGCUCUAAAAUAUUCCACUAAAGAUGUUUCUUUGUUAUUCAGGUACCCAUGUAUGUA